AUGGAUUUAAAUGGACCUACUAGCGGUACACAUUAUCGUACCAUACAUCAUCAGCAUGAUGAAGUACGUCUGAUUGAUUAUGCACGUUUAUGUGAACAUUUAUCUUCGCGAAAAAUAAUUCUUCUUCAAUUAUUUCGUACUGCAUUUCGUCGUCUUAAUCAACGUAUUAUACCUGGAAAGGAAGAUGAAACAAUACGUAAUACAUCAGCGGAAUUUAUUUAUACAGAAGAUGUUCUUCUUCCAUCUUUAUUAUUAUUUCUUACGCGAAAUUUCGAAUGGGAAUUACCAAAUCUUAUUCAACAUUUAACAAAAAUCUAUCCUGAUAAUGAUAUUGUUACUGAAUAUUCUCAAAAUAUUACAAAACUAGGACAAGCAACAUUAGUUGAUAUAAUUGAUUUAUUUCAUGAUUUAACAAAAUUUAUUCAAAAACGUGGUGAAUCAAAUUUUACGAAUAAUGAAAAUCAACCAGGACAUCAAACUGACAAAGUACAUUAUACAAUUAAAGGCUGGAGUCUUGUUGGUCUUUUUCUUCGUCGUCAUAUUUGUUCAUUUGAAAUGUUAUCAACACCGAAAUUAGAGGAACUUGUUAAUAAUGUUAGUCGAUAUGUUAAUUCUUAUUUACAAUCAUCCAUAUUUAAAUGUCCAUUACCACCGAAAGAUGAUCGAAUGAUAAUUGAAUCAGGAUCAAUAACUGAAACUAAAAAAAAUAUUUCAAUUCGAGAAUUAAGAUUACAAACAAAACAAUAUUCAUCAUCUGAAAUUACAAUACCUAUAUCAAUUAAACAAGCUGAAUAUAUGUUAACUAAAUUAGCAUUACGUUUAGAUACAGGAAUUUUAGUUGAUGAUUAUGAAUUAGAAAUUCUUCGAUCAAUUGAAAAAAUCUAUCCACAAUUAGCUGAAGUUCCAUUUGUUCAUUAUUUACAAGCACGUUCGAAAAAUAAUUAUUCUCAAGCAAAUUAUCAUUUACAUCAUUAUUUUGAUAAACAAAACGGUUUUCAAUUAACAUCUGAUAUUGGUGCAUUACAUAUGUCAACACUUUUAUCACAUUAUAAUUUUAAAGUUGAUGCAAAAAAUGCUUUAAGUGAUGGAAUGUCAAUGUCGCUAUUAAGAUCAGAAAAGGAUAUUAUGCCAUUAUGUGUGGAUCAAUUAAUUUCUUCAACAUUAAAUACUUCACAAAAAGUUGAUAAUCUCUUAUUACUUGAUAAUCGAUAUCUGAAACAACUUGAUAAUCCAUCAGUAGGAUUCUUAACUACGGAUGAUUGUGUUUGUGUUGAAAGUUGGCCAUCAGUACAAUUAAUGAGUCGAGGAAAUCUUCCAGCUGUAUUACAACGAAUUGAUAUAGAUUUUGAACGAACUGAUGUUAAAUCACGUUUCAAUUGGGUUAAUCGUGCUGCUAUACAUUAUUUAAAUAAAACAGCCUUUUGGAAUUUAGCUCAAUAUAAUGAUUUCGUUCUACUCUAUUCUUCGAUGGUGCUUGAUAAUAGUGAACAUUUACAUUGCCGUCAUACAGAUUAUUAUGCAUUAGCAUGUUCUUAUCUAUCAAUGGCUAUACUGAAUCAGGGUCAAUACAAUCUUGCAAGUCAAAUGUUAAAUAAAAGUAUUGAUUUAGUUCAAUUAUCAACGAAUGCACAUAAUUUAAUUGAUAUGGCACGUGCGGAUGUACAAUUUGUACUUCAAUGUAGACGAAAUGAAUGGGAUAGAGCAUUAAUAACUGCUAAAACAUUUUCCAAUUAUUCCCAAGUUGAAUAUGAAAUACGUCGAGCGAUAUGUUUGCACAAUUUAAAUGAACUUGAUGAUAGUCAACGAGAUCCAAUUGAAUUACAAAAAUUAUUAAAUCAUGAAAAAGUAUCUGAUCUUAUUUCAAGAAUAAAACUUUUAUUAUUAUUAACAGAAAACUGUGCAAAAAAAAAUGAUGUUGUACCAAGUCUUGGAUUUCUUGAAGAAUGUAAACAAUUAUGCAUCAAAUAUAAUUUACAACAUUAUUUAAUUCUCUGUCGUUUGUAUGAAGUUCAAUUGAAUAAAUCAACUUCAACAACAUCACAAGAAUCCAUUCGAAUACUUAAUUUUUGUCUUAGUGAACUUUUAAAAUAUGGAGAUCAAUAUAAUGUAGCUCGAUGUGCGUUAUUACUUGGUCGAUUGUUACUAUUAGAAAUGACUGAAGAACGAAUUUGUCCAAAUAAUUUAUCUGAAGCUGAACAUUUACUUCUAUUGGCUAAAGAUAUAUUUACUUGUUUCCACGAAACUCUCUAUUUAAAAUUAACAUAUCUUUAUCUCAUAUUUACAUAUCAUGAUUCAAUUCAAGUUGAAAAACGCAAGCAAAUGACUAAAUUAUACAAGCAAAUAGAUAUUAAAUUAGACACUAAACCUAUUGUAAUUUAA